AUGACCGCCUUCACCAUCGUCUACAACCUCUUGACCUACACGGCAGGUGGGUUCUCCGUGAUCAUGAACGCGUCGCCUGUGAUCACGAUUCGUCGGCUGGAGCAAUCGGGCACCGUGGGGGCCUCCACUGUCACUUUCUACGGCGCACAGAUGUACAACGCCGUUACGUGGACCUCGUACGGUAUCUUCUCCGUCUCUUACCCGUUGCUUAUCGCGAACAUCCUCGGCAACGCCGUCUCGACGUACUGUAGCCUCGUAUUCCUCACAGUGGCGCGGCGAGAGGAGAAGUCGGGGUGCACGCUGCAGUCCACAACCUACUCCAAAAGUGUCCUGACGUACGCCUUCUUUUUCGUGCUCAGCGCGGCGCACCUGCUGCUGAGCAUCGUCCUCACCAUGUCUGGGCGGCCGGAGACGGCAAAGACGAUUACGGGCUACGAGGGCAGCGUGGCGUGCAUCGUGAUGCUGAGCGCCCCCCUUCUGGCGUUCAAGCACAUCGUCGCCACGAAGAACGCCGAGGUGCUCGCUCCGGUCAUGGUCGGCUGUGCCUUUUUCAACACGCUCUUCUGGCUCGUCGCGGGCCUCAUGACGCACGACAUGUUCAUUGCCUUCCCCAACUUCCUGUGCUUCCUUGCGUGUUGCGCGCAGGUGGUGCUCUUGGUGAUGUACGGGAGGAGGCCGGCGGCGCCGACGGAAAUUAAUGAGGCCAUUGCGCCCACCCCGUUUGGCUAG